AACAUCAGUUCCAUUUGGCAGUGCUCAGUGCGCGGACGCAGAAAUCAAAGAAGCAAUAAUUAAGGAUUGAUUGAAAAUAAAAAUAACAUAAACGCAACUAUACGAAACGGGAAGAAAAGUGCAAGAAACUAAAGACAAUAAAACACACAUCGUGUUUAGGUUAAGUGCAAAUGAGGAAUCCCAAGAAUCUCAUUUAAUGUGGGUGGCGUGGGUGCAAUGUAAAUCGCAAAAGUCAGUGGCAUCGGCAGGCGGUCUUCUCUAGGUAUCUGAAGUAUCUGAACGAAACGGCAUCCAAAAGUGUGUGUGAGAAAGAAACAGUAAACAAAAGGGAAGGCAAAAGGCAGACGUGACAAAAGUGCAUCUAUAUUCAAUCGAGAAGAAAAAAACCAAAGCAACAAGUUCUAAGGAAACAUCAGAAUCCUAAAUAAACGGGCUAAGCAAAUAAAUAAGCAACAUGUUGCCAAUUUGGACAAAUUUGGGACUUGUUGGCCUUUUGCUGUUGUGCAUUUCGGGCGUUCGUGGUGAGCUGUAUACGGCUCUGGCGGAAAUGGAGGAACUACUUGAGACUGAAUCCGUAUUAAUAAAUAAUCUAGAAGGCUAUAUACGUGUCCAGGAAGACAAGCUGAGCUAUUUGAAGAAUAAGAUGGAUGAAUACCAAAGGGAACACGCGGAUGCGUCUAGUGAUAUAACAGCUUAUGUGUCUAAUCCAAUAAAUGCAUAUUUGCUAACCAAACGUCUGACCACCGACUGGCGGCAAGUUGAGAAUCUCAUGGAGCACGAUGUGGGCGGUGCUUUUCUGCAAAAUCUCACACAAUACCGCAAUGUGUUGAAAUUUCCCUCGGACGAAGAUCUUAAUGGUGCAGCGGUGGCCUUGCUACGUUUACAGGAUACCUACCAAUUGGACACAUCGAGUGUGGCACGUGGCAAGCUGAAUGGCAUCCAGUAUAGUACGGCAAUGUCUUCGGAUGACUGCUUCGAGUUGGGCCGUCAGUCCUAUGUGAACCAUGACUAUUAUCACACAGUGCUCUGGAUGAACGAGGCGAUGUCCCGCAUGCUGGAGGAGACGCACAAUCAGACCCAAACCUUCACCCGGGCCGACAUUCUAGAAUAUUUGGCCUUCUCCACCUACAAGCAGGGCAAUGUGGAGAGCGCCUUGCUUAUGACCAAUGAACUGCUUCAAUUGCUGCCCUAUCAUGAAAGAGCCAAUGGCAAUAAGAAAUUCUACGAAAAGGAGAUAGCCCACCUCAAGGAGAUGAAACGCAUGAAAGGUGAUGAUGGCUCUGAUGAAAUGCCCGUCUCCGAUUUGCCCGUGGCAAAAAGUGAUCCUGGAGUCUACGAUAUAACCGAACGCAAGGCCUAUGAAAUGCUAUGUCGGGGUGAACUGAAACCAUCUCCGGCCGAUUUGCGUCCUCUGCGCUGCCGUUAUGUAACCAACAAUGUGCCCUUCUUGCGAUUGGGUCCAUUGAAACUGGAGGAGGCACACAUGGAUCCGUAUAUAGUGAUUUAUCAUGAUGCCAUGUAUGACAGUGAGAUGGAUUUGAUAAAACGUAUGGCACGUCCACGCUUCCGUCGGGCCACUGUCCAGAAUUCAGUGACUGGAGCCCUGGAAACGGCCAAUUAUCGCAUAAGUAAGUCAGCCUGGCUAAAGACCGAGGAAGAUCAAGUGAUUGGCACAGUGGUUCAGCGUACAGCUGAUAUGACUGGCUUGGAUAUGGACUCGGCUGAGGAGCUGCAAGUGGUCAACUAUGGCAUAGGAGGACACUAUGAGCCUCAUUUCGAUUUUGCCAGGCGAGAGGAGAAACGAGCCUUUGAGGGUUUAAAUUUAGGCAAUCGCAUUGCCACUGUAUUGUUUUAUAUGAGCGAUGUGGAGCAGGGUGGAGCAACAGUUUUCACCUCUCUUCAUGCUGCCUUGUGGCCAAAGAAGGGAACAGCUGCCUUUUGGAUGAAUCUACAUCGCGAUGGCGAGGGUGAUGUGAGAACGCGACAUGCGGCUUGCCCCGUACUUACAGGCACCAAAUGGGUGUCUAACAAAUGGAUACAUGAACGAGGACAGGAGUUCCGCAGAUCCUGCGAUUUGACUGAGGAUCAUGGCGAUUUCGCCAUUUAGUUCUAGUGGGACACUAGUUAGUUCAAUACAACGAAUCUAUGAAUCAAAUCUAUCAAGAUGCUCAUACAAGAUGCUUCCACUUAUGCAUUUGUUACUCUACUUUUCGUGUUUAAGAUGAAUGAAUUCCUAUUGUAAAUACCAUGAAACAAAUUCUCAAAACUUACUCAAACAAUUAUAUUUCUUUUUUUUCUCUCAUUAGGUUAUAUACAUAGAAAUUUUUUAUUGAAUUUAUCUACUUUUGUAUAUUGUCUAGUUUAAAUAGUAGAACAAAUUGCAAUAAAAACAAAUAAAAUAUGAA